UUGGAGGAGUGACGUUAUCUGCUGCUGGAAAGAGGGAGGGAGAAAGAGGGACGGCUGGACUCCAUUAAGCCGAAGCCUGCAGGAAAACUGUUUGGGAUACUUCACUUCUUCAGCGAGUUCUUCGGGGAUUUCUUUCUGUUUUAUUGUCUAGAAAAAGACUUUAUACAUGAUUUAAAGAGGGGGGAUUUGUUCUGUACCGUGUAGUCGACUGUUUUAGUGUUUUUUUUUCGUCUUUGUGAAGGAUGGCGCUGGACGGGAUCCGGAUGCCCGAUGGCUGCUACGCCGAUGGGACAUGGGAAUUGAAGAUGCACGUCACCGACCUCCACAGGGACGUGUCGCUCAGAGUAACUGGAGAAAUCCACAUCGGCGGAAUCAUGCUCAAACUCGUGGAGAAACUAGAUGUGAAGAAGGACUGGUCCGACCAUGCUUUGUGGUGGGAGAAGAAGAAAACCUGGCUGUUGAAAACCCACUGGACGUUGGACAAGUACGGCAUCCAAGCUGACGCCAGGCUGCUUUUCACGCCGCAGCACAAGCUGCUGCGCCUCCAGCUGCCCAACAUGAAGCACAUGAAGGUCAAGGUCAACUUCUCGGACCGCGUUUUCAAGGCUGUGUCCGACAUCUGCAAAACCUUCAAUAUCCGCCACCCAGAGGAGCUGUCUCUACUGCGUAAGCCCCGUGAUCCCAAGAAGAAGAAGAAAAAGUUGGAGGAGGCAGAGGAGGACGAUCUGGAGCUGGAGGGUCCGCUGUUAACCCCUGGAUCAGCCUCUGAGGUAAUAUACAUCGGACCUGUCAAAGGGAGCAUCUACUCCAGUCCAGGCUUGUACAGUAAGACUAUGACCCCCACCUAUGACUCCAGAGAUGGCAGCCCGCUGUCGCCCACCACUGCCUGGUUUGGGGACAGCCCCCUCUCUGAGGGCAACCCCAGCAUCCUCGCUGUCAGCCAGCCAAUCUCCUCACCAGACAUCCUGGUCAAACUCUACAAGCCCCAGUCUCUGCUGGACAAAGCCAAAAUCAACCAGGGGUGGUUGGACUCAUCCAGGUCUUUGAUGGAGCAGGAUGUAAAGGAGAAUGAGGUGCUGCUGCUGAGGUUUAAAUACCACAGUUUCUUUGACCUCAACCCAAAGUAUGAUGCCAUCCGAGUGAACCAACUCUAUGAACAGUCCAAGUGGGCCAUCCUGCUGGAGGAAAUUGAGUGCACGGAGGAGGAAAUGAUGAUGUUUGCUGCCCUGCAGUACCACAUCAACAAGCUGUCAAUCAUGUCUUCAGACAAUCACCUGAAUAACAGUGAGAAGGAGGUGGAUGAGGUGGAUGCAGCCCUGUCUGACCUGGAAAUUACCUUGGAGGGAGGGAAGACGUCCAACUCACUGGGUGACAUCACAUCUAUUCCUGAGCUAGCGGACUAUGUCAAAGUCUUCAAACCCAAGAAACUGACACUGAAGGGCUAUAAGCAGUACUGGUGCACAUUCAAGGAUAUCACAAUUUCCUGUUACAAGAGUAAAGAGGAGGCACAUGGGACACCUGCUCUCCAAAUGAAUCUUAGAGGCUGUGAGGUGACACCAGAUGUUAACAUCUCGGGUCAGAAAUUCAACAUCAAGUUGCUAAUCCCUGUGGCUGAUGGCAUGAAUGAGAUCUGGCUUCGUUGUGACAUGGAGAAACAGUACGCCCACUGGAUGGCUGCAUGUCGCUUGGCCUCCAAAGGAAAGACCAUGGCCGACAGCUCUUACAACCUGGAGGUCCAGAACAUUCUGUCCUUCCUCAAGAUGCAACACAUGAACCCUGACCCUCAGUUCAUUGAGCCAAUCACCACCGAUAUCAACCCAGAAUGCCUAGUGUCCCCGCGCUAUCUGAAGAAGUACAAGAACAAGCAGCCAGGCUCUAUCAGGGACUUGAUUUCAGCCCGGAUCCUUGAAGCCCACCAGAAUGUGGCCCAGAUGAGUCUCAUCGAGGCCAAGAUGCGCUUCAUCCAGGCGUGGCAGUCCCUGCCUGAGUUUGGAAUCACUCAUUUCCUCGCCAAGUUCCAGGGUGGAAAGCGGGAGGAGCUGAUCGGCAUCACUUACAACCGUUUGAUCCGGAUGGAUGCCAGCACUGGAGAUGCUAUUAAGACCUGGCGCUUCAGCAACAUGAAACAGUGGAAUGUCAACUGGGAGAUCAAGAUGGUGACGGUGGAAUUUGCCGACGAGCCCAGUCUGUCUUUCAUCUGUGCCGAGGUGGACUGUAAGGUCGUCCACGAGUUCAUCGGCGGCUACAUCUUUCUGUCCACGCGUGCCAAGGACCAGAACGAGUCUCUAGACGAGGAGAUGUUCUAUAAGCUGACCAGCGGCUGGGUCUGAGCUGCUCCCGAACCGCCAGGGGCUAACCAUAGUAGGUCAGGGGCCAGGAGGGGAGCGGCUGGGUGGUGGAACCACAGCAUAUGGGUUAUUUUAUUAUUUUAUUAUAUUUCUCAGUCUGUUUAGAGCUGUGCUGGAGAAUCUAGACCAGCACUAAAAUUGCCAUGGCUGACACCGUUUUUAUUGUUCUAGUUUUAUGUUUGCAUUAACACUGACGAGGUCAUUUGUUACAACACUAAUGUUCUGGUGAAUGCAGUCCAGAUGAACUUUUGAACCUAGACUCCUGUGGUUGAACAGAAGCCUUACACAAACCUGAACCGGGGAGUUCCUCUGUUCUCCUACGACCACCUGCCUCCUCUCCUCCUGGACUGAUGGCCAUCAACUUACGUCCAUGACAACCCUUUAGAACCAAUCAAACACCAGAUAAAAUCCCAAAGAAUCUUUUAUUUUUUUCACUUUCUCUCCACUGCCUUUUUUUCCCCCCUCUCUUCUAGAACUGGACUAAAUGAGCUGACAUCUAACUGUCAAUAACACGUGUUGUAAUCGUAAUGCCACAGAUACCUACAUACAGUUAUAUCGAAAUUAUUUAUCCUAAAAAAAAGAAGAAAAAAAACGGGACUUCAUCAGAGAGUCGAAUCAAAAGGUUAUCUGUGAGCAGCAAAGGCCACAGGUCGCAGCACUACAUGUCCAUCCUAUCCACUAUAUGAAGGGUUUAAUCUCUUUUGAAGUCACAUGUAAGCACUUCUACAGUAUACAGUCCUGUUAAUGAAUAAGCUGUCUUUAAAUUUCCUUUUUGCUUUUGAUGUCUGUCGUCUUUGUUCCAGAGCUAGUCCACAGCGAUUGGUUCCUCUGUCGAGUCGAAUGAAAUUUGUUCUUGUGUUAGCUGAGGUGUGACAUUGAGAGCCUGAGUUUUGUUUUGUAUUUAAUAGACUGCUAAUAGUGAGCUUGUCUGGAAACACACUACAGUUCAGCGCACUGGGAUGGAUGUCCUGUGGGUUUGAAAAUCUUGAUGUAAAUGUCCUUUCUGCAAAAAAUGUCAUCUUAAAAAGUCAUAAGUUCUAGUGCUCAGUAUAUCGGUUUCUUGAAAACGCAUUCAAAAAAAGAAAUUGUCAGUUGGUAUGUUGACCUAAGGUAGAUUACUAAUGUUCAAGUGUAUUUAAAAAUAUGUCCUCCAGUUUUUAAAAGAAAUUUGAAGACAACCCAAAGCUUUAUCUUUUCCCAGCUUUAGGCUGUCCCCCUUUUUGAAGGAAAUGUGUUUUCAUCUUCUGGCCUUGAAGUGUGAAUUUGAAAAUGAUUUGCCAAUUAUGGCUGCUGUUCUGACCACAGCUUAAUGUCAACAGCAAGUUGCUAAAUCUCAACAGCAUGCUUGAAAUUCAAAAAGAUUGGAAAGCCCUGGCAUCUCAUUGCUAAGUGCAUGUGCACUAUGUAACAGGAGGAAUCAUUGCUCCCUUGUACCACAUUUUAACUUUAUUGCCAUUUUGUCUCUCACACCAUAUAGUAUUAUUAUUAUUAUUAUUAUUAUCAUCAUUUUUAUCAUUACACACCAGCAAAAGGUCACAGAGUUUGAAGAAUGAAUAUGCAACUUCUUUUUUUUUUUCCUUCUGUCCUCAAUAUGAAGGAUCAAUGAAUGAAGUAUUAUUUUUUUGUAACUAAUGUAAAAACACAAACGUUUUAUAGAAUUGUACAGUUUCUUUCUGCUUUUUGGGGAUUUGGAAGUCUUUCCUUUCAGAAAAGAAGAGGGGGAAGCCAUCUGUCAACAUGUGUAGUAUUCAUAAUUGUGCCUGCAUACGUUGUCCUUACUGAGUUUUCAGAUGAAGAUAAAUAUGAAUAUAUAUAUGAAGAUAACACUAGUCUCAAACUCCAGGUUUGAUAAAGAUAUUUGUCGAGUACAUAUUAUAAUUUCUCUUUAAAUACAAAUACGUAUGCCUUUCCAAUGUGCUCUUUUUUUCUUCUUCUUGCAUUUCGCCUUCAUUUUAUUGAUUUUCUGCUUCCUCUUCUGUCCAUUUGUGGCCCCGAGUUGUGUUUUAGCUCAUUCUUUAGACUGACCGUGAUACUUAAUUUUUGCUGCAAAUUUGAUUUGCCCAGCGCCUUUUUAAAAUACUUCACUUAUUUGUCUGGUUUUGUCACAACUGAAGUGUGCCGUUUAAUAAUGUCCAUAUGAAGGAGACCCACAUUGUUUAGACCCUGGAGUUUGAGACAAAUCAGCAUAAGUGAACAGAGGUAAGAGAAAGCCAAGCCUAGUCUGUGUUUAUUUUCUCUGAUGUUGUUUUUGUUUUCCUCCAGUGUCGGGAGCAGCGGUGCAUGUCCUGCUGUUCUGUUUUCUGACUGUAAAAAAUGCAUUUAUUUUAAAAAAUAAAGUAAUUUUUAUUUAA